AUGCCUUAGCUCUUUUAUUAGAUUUAACUAUCAUUUGUCAUAUUGAUAUUAUUCGCCAUUCUUCCUUCUUUUGCUCAAUAACACAAUACUAUUUAGUUUGGCGAAGCAAUUACACUAACAAACAAUUAAGAUUUAAUUGAAUUGGAGAAUGAAAAAUAACAAAGGACUAUCAUAAAACCUUUAAUAGAUCCAAAAACAUACAAAUAUAUUGAAUUGGAAAACAAGUUAAAAGUAUUGCUUAUACAUGAUCCAAACUCAGAAAUUGCUUCUGCUGCACUUGAUGUGCAAGUUGGAUCUUGGAAUGAACCAAGUGAAUAUCCAGGUUUAGCCCAUUUUUGUGAACAUAUGUUGUUUGUUGGCUCUGUUAAAUAUCCUAGACCUGAUUAUUUUGAUGAAUUAUUGGCAAAAGGAUCUGGAAGUUCUAAUGCAUAUACUGAUGCUACCAACACUAAUUAUUAUUUUGAAAUUACAUCAUAAUACUUAGAUAAAGCUUUAGAUACAUUUGCUCACUUUUUUAUUGAUCCUCUUUUUAAUGAAGAUUUAGUAGAAAGAGAGAAAAAUGCAGUGAAUUCAGAAUAUGAAAUUGAUGUAUCUUCAGAAGAUUGGAAAAUAUAAAAUUUAUUUACAUUAUUUGCUGAUCCUAAACAUCCUGCAAGUAGAUUCAGUCUAGGCAAUAAUGAAGUAUUUGAAAAGUAGGGUAUUGAGAAUGAAUUGAAAUCCUUUUUUGAAUAAUAUUAUUCCUCAAAUAUAAUGAGUUUGGUUAUUUAGAGUAGAAUUAGUUUGUAAGAAAUGGAACAAUUAAUAAAACCUUUUAGUCGUAUAAAAAAUAAAAAUCUAUAGUCUCCACAAUUUCCAUCAUUACCUUAUUAAUUUGGAAUUCUAUGUAAAUAUAAGACAGAAAAAGAAUAAUUAACAUUAAAUUGGCAAUUAAAAGGAAGAGAGAAAUUCAUUCAUUAAAAACCAAUAGAAUUUUUAGAUUAUAUCAUUUAAAAUGGAAAUUUAAUAGAUUAUAUGAAAGAGUAAAAUUUAAUUAUUUCACUAUCCUCUUAAGUUUUUAUGGAAGAAUCUUCGUUUACAAAUUAUAUGAUGGAAAUCGUUUUAACUGAAAAAUCUUAAGAAAACGAAGAAGCUGUUGCUGAAAUUACUAAAAUUAUAUUCAAUUACAUCUAAAAAUUAGAAGUAUGGUUAUCAGAUGAUGAUUACAUUAACUAAUUAUUCAAAGAACAAAGCAAGAUUUCUAAAUUGAAUUUCAACUAUUUAACUUAAUAAUUGGAUACUUCUACUAUAGCAAAAAUUUUAAACAGAUAAAAACCAAAGGAAGUACUUUCCUCAGAAUUCAUUAUUGAUACUUUAGAUAAGGAAUUAAUAUUAAAUUAUAUUGGAUAAUUAAAGAAUACAUAAAACUUAAUCAUUUUGAUAGGCAAUCAUCAAUAUUCUUAUACUGAUGAAAAAGCAGAUGCUAUCAAGAGUAAUAAAGAAUUUUUAUAAGAUAAAUUACUACAUGAAAAGAAUAAUUUAUAUAGACUUGUAUAUUCUAAACAGAAAUUUGAUGAACAUUUUAUUAAUUUUAUAUCUAAAUAAGAUGAAAAAUUAUAAGAUAUAUUUGAAAAACCUUAAUAAAAUGAAUUUAUUCCAGAUAAUGUUGAAUUAAUUUCAUUAUGUGAAUCAUCAGAAUCUAAAUUACCUAAAAUAGUUCAUUCUGAUAAAUUAAAGACUUUAGAUUAAUAAAGUAAAUUAAAUUUAUUUUUGAUGGCUGGUUAAGAUCUUCAUUAAUAUAGUGAUGAGUAAUGUUCAUUAGAAGAACAUAAAUAUUAAAAAUAAAAUCAUUAUCCAAUUUUACUUAACAAAGAAUAGUAAGAAUGGUGGAAGAGUUAAACUUCUUAUAAAUUACCUUUUAUUUUUGGAGCUUUAUAAAUGAAAUAUCAAAAAACUUUAAGUUUAAGAUAAUUCACUUCAUUAAGACUCUAUAAUUUUAUGGCAAAUGAAAUCUUAUCAAAGGAAUUAAAAUUACCUUUAUCUUCUGGAUAUUCUUAUGAAUUAGAUAUGAAUAAAAAGACUCAAAUAAAAGUUUAUGGAUUCAGUGAACAUGUAAGAAAUCUAUUUAAGAAACUAUGUUCAUGUUUAAAUCCAUUUAGAGAUAAAUCCAAAAGUUUCCUUGAACUUAAUGAAUCCAAAAGAUUUGAAAUAGCCAAAUAAUCAUUGUUAUUGUCAAUUAAGAAUAUGUAUUAAGAUAAUUUAUUUGAAUAAGCUAUGUAAAUUUAUUUGCCUUAGAUAUUAUAAAAAGAUUCUCAUAAUCCUACUAAAGUGAUAGAUUAGAUUAAUUUAAUUACAUAAUAAGAAAUGCUUUAAGAUGUUAAAGACAUUAUGAAUAAUGUAAAAUAUUCAAGUUUACUUAUUGGUAAUAUUGAUUAAUCUGAUGCAUCUAAAAUAUCAGAUGAAAUUCAAUCAUGUUCUACUAAUAAAGAAACUUCAUCUGCUUAGGAUAAUCUUUAAGAGAAGGUAGCAAUUAUAAAUUUAAAAGGAAAACACAUUAUUGAUUCUAGAUUUAUACAAUCAGGUAAUGAUGAUGACAUUAAUGGUGUUACCUUAAAUUAUUAUUAAAUUGGAUAAAGAAAGUAAAUGAAUUAGGCAUUUAUGAAAUUAUUAGAACCAAUUCUAAAUUAAUAAGCCUAUAAUUACUUACGCACUGAUUUAUAAUUAGGGUAUGUCGUAGCAGUUGAAUUUAAAACAACAGCCUGUGUUGAUGGAGCUUUGAUAUUAGUCUAAGGAAGUACAGAAAUACCAAUGAAAGUGAAUCAAAUAAUUAAUGAUUUCUUAGAUUAAUUUUCAGUCUAUUUAGAAUAAAUGAAUAAUAGAGGAUUCCAACAUCUUAAACAUGGAGUAAUCACUGAAUUAAAAGAAAAUCCUUAAAGUUUGAGUGAAGAAGGUGAUCGUUUAUGGAAGUAUAUCAGUGCUGGAACUAUUGAAUUUGAAGAUAGAUAAGUUGCAAUUGAAGAAAUAAGAAAAAUAUCAAAACAAGAAUUAAUUGAAUUUUAUAAAAAUUCAUUUAUUAACAGCAAAUCAAAAUUAAGUUUACAAUUAUAUGGGUAUUAAUUACUAUUAUUUCUAUUAGUUAAGGUAUGGUAACAUAAAUGAUGAACUUAGAGACCUAGUCUGAGUUUAAUGAAUUUAUAUCUAAUACAAAGCCUAAAGAUGCUGAAUUGUUUGAUCCUCUUUAAGCAUCUUAUUAUUAAUGUGAGUUUGAAGCUACUUAAAUUUGA